AUGGAGAGGAAAAGGGUCGCCUCAGCUGCCUGCCGCUCCUAUAUGUCCUCCUUCGAGACGGUGGCGGGCGGCCUGACUCCCAGCCGCCGCCUGGGCCUGGGUCCCGGCGUUCGCCUCUCCCUGGCUCGAAUGCCACCCCCACUCCCAGCCAGGGUGGACUUCUCCCUAGCUGGGGCACUCAAUGCUGGCUUCAAGGAGACGCGCGCCAGUGAGCGGGCAGAGAUGAUGGAGCUCAAUGAUCGCUUCGCCAGCUACAUCGAGAAGGUGCGCUUCCUGGAACAGCAGAACAAGGCACUGGCUGCGGAGCUGAACCAGCUGCGGGCCAAGGAGCCGACCAAGCUGGCUGACGUCUACCAGGCUGAGCUGCGCGAGCUGCGGCUGCGGCUUGAUCAACUCACCGCCAACAGCGCCCGGCUCGAGGUCGAGAGGGACAACCUGGCGCAGGACCUGGGCACCCUGAGGCAGAAGCUCCAGGACGAAACCAACCUGAGGCUGGAGGCCGAGAACAACCUGGCUGCCUAUCGACAGGAGGCAGAUGAAGCUACCCUGGCCCGUCUGGAUCUGGAGAGAAAGAUUGAGUCUCUGGAGGAGGAAAUCCGGUUCUUGAGGAAGAUCCAUGAGGAGGAGGUACGGGAGCUCCAGGAGCAGCUGGCCCGGCAGCAGGUCCAUGUGGAGCUGGAUGUGGCCAAGCCGGACCUCACGGCGGCCCUGAGAGAGAUCCGCACCCAGUAUGAGGCCAUGGCGUCCAGCAACAUGCACGAGGCAGAGGAGUGGUACCGGUCCAAGUUUGUGGACCUAACCGACGCCGCUGCCCGCAACGCGGAGCUGCUCCGCCAGGCCAAGCACGAGGCCAACGACUACCGGCGCCAGCUGCAGGCUUUGACCUGCGACUUGGAAUCCCUGCGCGGCACGAACGAGUCCCUGGAGAGGCAGAUGCGGGAGCAGGAGGAGCGCCACGCACGCGAGGCAGCCAGCUAUCAGGAGGCGCUGGCCCGGCUGGAGGAGGAGGGGCAGACCCUCAAGGACGAGAUGGCCCGUCACCUGCAGGAGUACCAGGACCUGCUCAACAUCAAGCUGGCGCUGGACAUCGAGAUCGCCACGUAUAGGAAGCUGCUGGAGGGCGAGGAGAACCGUAUCACCAUUCCUGUGCAGACCUUCUCCAACCUGCAGAUCCGAGAAACUAGCCUGGACACCAAGUCCAUGUCAGAAGGCCACCUCAAAAGAAACAUCGUGGUGAAGACCGUGGAGAUGCGGGAUGGAGAGGUCAUUAAGGAGUCCAAGCAGGAGCAUAAGGAUGCGAUGUGAGGCGGGAACCACUUGGUGGCCCCGGCCCCAAGGUGGAAGGAGCCUGCAGUGGGAGCCGGAUACCUGCCCCUCCUCCGAUAGCUAAUUUCCCACACCUGAGCCGCGCUGCGCCCCCGCCCCGCAGCUGCUCCCCUCUCCACUAGGCUCUCUGCCAGCUUUCGCCCUAGGAUCCAUCAGCAUUAGGCCUGCCAGGCGACACCCAGCCCACUCCCAGCAACUCCACCUAACAGGGCACUCGCCCCGCAGCCUGGAGGGGCAUGGCCAGAGCUUCAGUUAGAAUUAGGAGAGGAGAAGUUGGGGAGGGCCUAGAGACCUAAUAAAUCACCCUCUUUAGCCUAAUCCCUGUUUGUCAUGGCAACUGUUGCCAGUGUUGGCGGUCUCUGGGCUUUCUGGGAGGUGGGUCUUGGACUUUCCUCAGGCUGCUGGAGCUAAACGGAGGAGAUGCUGAGACAGGAAGGGGAAGUCCCUGCAGGCAAGGUAGCCCUGGCCAGAGGCUCAUCUUAAUGUGGAGGGACCCUGGCCAGCCUGAGAGUGGCCGGGGGCGGGGGGCGCAUUCUGCCACCUGGAGUCCUCAGCAGACUUCCUGGCCUGCCCAGAUUCCAGAGGGGCCUCCUGACUGAUGAUUCCAGGUGUCUCGGCCUCACUGAGCUGCCCUGUGGGCCGGGGGCAGCUUGAUUCUCAGCACUAGGGGAUCUUAGUAUAAGUGAAGAGGGAAGACGUGCUGAGAAGGAGUAGAGGGGCGUCAGUACAGAGGGUCACACCCAGGAGGACUUUCCCCAGCGGCCGUGGUGGGGGCGGGGGCAGGUAGAGGUGGUGGAGGCGGCAGUGGGAUGAUGCUAGACGUCAGUGUUGGGGGUGUGGAUGACCAGUUACACUUGACCUCUGGGUCAUGGGAAUCAAGGAAGUGACUCAUCCUCAUGAAGAUACCGAAAUAGGAGAGAAAGGAGCUGCUGUCCACAGGGGUAGGGCACUCUUGGUACCAGUUCUAAAGGCCCCUUCCUUGCUGCAUAAUCCCUGUCCACCCAGGCCUCUGAGUCCCUGCUGCUGCCGCCUCCCAACCCCAGCAGACGCUGCUGGGUAAAGCCAGCCUAACACUUCUGCCUCUCUGCACCCACAGUGGCCUAAUGCUCUUCCCUAAAGCAAGGAUCCCAUGGCCCCUUCUCACUCAAAUACAAAGUGUUCCCCAGUAUUCUAGGUAGCACUCUAUUUUAUAAUUCUGGAAAUGGAGGCAUGAGCAGAGCGAAGACCCUAGUUUGUGUUCCUACAGCCUGGAGAGCGGGGGCGGGGCAGACGCUUUCACCCAGAGCAUCUGCUCUGCUUUCCGUGGGAGGACUGUGCAGGGGCGGGGGGCAUGGGAUUAUCUGUGCCCAGAAACGGACCGGACCGAAAGGACUCACUCCAGGGUCCCCCUCCACCCUCUGAGGCCGAAGGGAGGGAGAAGUGGGAAUCGCUCCCUCUUUCCAAGACUUGGCGCCCUUUCU